AUGCCCGCUUCCGGAACCAUAUCCCAUCUGACGACGUCAGCGCCCAGCGGUGUCACCCUGGUGAACGGGAGCAGCGUCGUCGACCACGCUACAGGUAUCGCAAGGACUGAGCUCGAAGGAAGGGAUCCCACCGAGCAGCUAGCAAUCCUCAAUGAACACCUCGUGCUGCAGAACCGGAUUAAGGAAGGCGCCGAGAACCUCUUGGAUAUGCAAUUAGCUUCCUCGGUUCGCCAGCAAGUCGAAUCAGAGUUGGAUAUGGCCAAUAACAAGAUUGAAGCUAUCCAGAAACACAUUGAUUUACAAUCAUCGCGGUCAAAACAGCAGGCGACAGCCGCCGCGCAACAAAAGCUGCAAGCCAAGGCUAGUGUUUCAAACCUGCGGAAUGGGAAAGACACGGACGAAAAGAGCGGUGAGGACUUCAGGACCGCACUCCAGAACGCGAUUACAUGUCUACGCGAAUUGGAUUCCAUCACCCAAAGUUCAUCAGGCUCCAGUAAAGGCGAAUCGUCUUCAUCAGGAGAUAUGAAGACGGCUGAAGCUAUAGAAACGGAUCGCAGACGCGUUUCCUUGAUGAACAAGCUCACAGACAUAUUGCGAAGGCAUCUACGAGUUCGAUACGAGCUGAAAACCAGUGAUCUCCUCAAAACGGUCGAACCUUGUUUGGCGGACAAAUGCUCAAAACAUUGCCGUGCGGUAGCGUACCGACUGAUCAGGCAAGCUCUCGUCGAUAGCGAAGCAGUCACCCAGCUCGGAAGGUCACUUGACUGGUACUUUGUCAAGUCGCUGCAGCGAGAUAAUAAACAUGCCCAAGAAAAGGAGCAAGCCUUGAAAUUAAUUCGAACAAUCAUCGAAGUCAGCACAACCCACCGAGAUGGAUCAAUCGCUACCAAUGUCAGUAUGGGCAACGUUCAGUUAUCUGAAGUGGUCAUGCGAGCCAUCAUUGCCGUCGCCGAGCACCCCGAAGACCCAUUCCGCCCGAUAUGUAUACAGACGUUAACGGAAAUCCUUCUCAUGGAUAUCGAGUUGUUGGUACGCUCUGGAGGAUUCAAAGUUUUGCUACAUGUCCUUGGAGAGGGCCCGAGCGAGCUUACCCCGAUCAUAGCUUCUGCUUUCUUGCACAUCGUGGAUUCCCCACGUACCAGAGUUUACUUGUGUGUAGGAACAGACCUGGAGUUGGCGCUCUCUGCAAUAACCGAUGCGUAUGGAAAGGGUCCUGACCAACGAGACAAGAUUAAGGCAUGUGCAAAGGUCGUCCAGCUCAUGUUACGAACAUGGAGUGGUUUAAUGUAUUUCUGUCUCGACGAUAUGCGAGCAAUCCGAUCUUUGGUCGACACCCUGCGGAUACCAUCUCUUGAGACCAGAGACGUGAUCCUUGACAUGUUUUUCGACCUACUGAACAUCAAGACUCCAGAAUGGUACAAGACAUUCAUUGAUGGACGAAGGCUAACGAUGUAUCGACGAAGGAGCAGACACCAAAAUCAGCAAAAGGAACCGGAGAAUCCUGAUCGACCGCACCAAACACUUAAGCUCACAGAUCAGUACCUUGCUCUCCUGGUGGUGAUAUUGACGAAUGCCGGUCUUUGCGAUGCUUUAACAUCCAUGAUGGAGGAGACCACAAUGGGCACCAAUCUCUCUCGCAAAGCUACGCUCCUGAUGGCGGAAAUACUUGCCAUGAGCAAUCGUGUUCUUCCUCUAUCUGUUGCCGGGAAGAUUCAGGCGAUCCCUCAAAUCUUUGCCAUGGCUACCGACUAUGCAAACAAAGAACAUCGUAUAGUGGGCACAUCUGCUGUCUCAGCCAUCGACAGUUUCAACCGGAAUAAAGCCCGGCUUGAAACCAACAAUAUGAAAAACAACCCUCGGCCACGGGCCAACUCAGUGGAGGAUGCUGUUCGACGGGGCCAGAGACACGUAGAGCAGGCCAAGUUGAAGAUGAGUAUGCAGAUGGAUGACAAGACGUUCCAGACCGCGAUGCUGGAGACGCAGGUCAUCUUGACGAAGGACCAUACUAAGUGGAACUUCGAAGCUCUCCAGGCUCUCAUCGAAGGGCCACUGCUAUCGCCGAAACGCAUGGAAGAAGCCACGCGCGUUUCGCGUUUUAUUCGUCGUUUGAUGUCUUUCUACCUACCCUUCAACCGCCGUUUUUCUGAUAUGAAGCGGACAAAGCUGAAUACCCGUUGGGUACGGUUGGGCUGCUCGCUUAUGAACACUUUAAUGGCUACCGCGGAGGGAGUGAAGUAUCUCUCGACAGAAGAUCAGCUUCUGUCGCAAAUCACAAGGGCGUUUGCCCAACUUGACCCUUUCAACGGUGGCUCGGAGACGGAUCCCAUCUUCUCGAAGAAGAGGGUGGCGGACACGCUGACCUAUGGAUACCUCGAAAUGCUGGGAACACUGAGCAAGUAUAAAGACGGGAUCGAGUUGCUGGAGAAGUUCAAGAUCUUCACUGCGUUCUACCAUCUCAGUGAACUCCGAAGCAGAGAGGACCUGAUCAAAGGCAUCGUUGACAACUUGGAUUAUAGCAUUGACGGUCAUUCCAGGAUUGUCUUGUCCAAGGCAUUGACGUCGAGCUACAAGCAUAUUCGACUCUAUGCUACUCGACAUCUCGGGUUGUUGAUUCGCAACUCUCCGACUGCAAACGCCUGGACUCUACGAUUACUGCUCACCCAACUUUAUGAUCCAGCCACCGAAGUGUGCGAACUUGCGGUACAUUUUUUGGAAGAAGCUUGCGAGUCCAAGGAGAUUCUCCAGCUUCUAGUGGAAAUGCAGCCUACGAUGGACCACCUGGGGGAAAUCGGCCAUCCGCUCUUGCUUAAAUUCAUGUCGACGCCUAUGGGAUUCAGAUACCUCUAUGAUGCUGGAUAUAUUGAUAGGGAGAUGGAUAUUUGGUUUAAUGAACGCAACAUCUAUUACGUUGUACAGGUGGAGGUCUUUUUGGCCAAGGUGUUUAGCGCAGGAUCAAAUCAAGACGACGAUGACGACUUGUUGGCGUUCGAUGGAACUGUCCCACCCCAUUUCUAUGGUGAAAUGUCGAAGACGGAAUUAGGAUGCCAAAUUCUUCAAGAAAAAGGACAUUUCAGUGAUUUCGCUCAGUUCAUUCGUCAACAUAGUCAUGAGAGUGAAGACCCGGAUCUUAUUAUGAAGUUGAAGAGCAUUCUUUGGGCUGUGGGUAAUGUUGGCGCUACGGAAGGCGGUCUGCACUUCCUGGAAGAGGAGGAAGUUAUCCCGGCGGUACUUGAGAUCCUGGAACGAUCGCCCAUUCCUUCAGUUAGAGGAACAUGUUUCUUCGUUCUCGGACUGAUCUCGUGUACGUCGCAAGGUGCUGAAAUCCUCGACGACUACCACUGGGAGUCAACGCUGUCUCCACUGGGCUUCCCAACCGGAAUAUGUAUCCCUGCCGAUGUUGACCGAUUCCUCUCAAUUGCCCCUUGGGUGCCAAAGGUUCCAAUAUCGCGCGAACCACGACUCUUGCCCCCAACGGCCGAUCACGAAAUCGAGAUCAUCACUGCCAUCCAGAACCUCGCGAACACUGUAAUCGCAAAUGCUGCCUCUCGUUCACUAGCACGGUUGAAGGUCAAAAGCGAGAGCAAGGCCGCGUUCCAAUCGCCGGAAAUGUUUUACCGCGCUCUCCAUAUCAUCUCGACACAACGAUAUCGGUUCCCUGUUCGGCGCUACAUCGUCGAUCUGUUCAAUCUUGAACUUAACCCAGAACUGAGAGCCGCCUUUGAUGAUGCUGCGAAAAAGCUCGAGUCUUCUCCAAGCCACCAACCACCCAAGGUCGAUCCUCUUCGACAUAGCGUGUUCGGUCGACUGCCGAGCAGACAUGGCGAGAGUGACGAGUCGGAUGGCGACGACGGAAUUAGCAGCCCGCCUCCGCGAACGGUUACUGCAAAAACAGAGGACAAACCAGCAUUCAGUUUAGAGCCCAGAAUACGCUACGCUGCUGCCGCUCUUGCCACCAACCCCGAAAAGACCUCCCGCGCACGCGGCGAGUACUUGCGCACUCACUUCAAGAACAUGCGCGAAGUGGCGGCCGCUCUCACUGGUCUUGAGCUCCAGAAGGCGUAUGCCUACCUUUCCGAUGUCAAGGACCACAAGCGUGUGAUCCCCUUCCGACGAUUUGCUGGCGGUAUUGGACGAACGGGUCAGGCUAAGGAGUUCAAGACCACUAAAGGUCGCUGGCCCGAGAAGUCCAUCAAAUUCAUUACCCGUCUGCUCAAGAACGCCGAGUCCAACGCGGACGCUAAGAACAUCGAUGUUGAGGGUCUUGUUAUCAAGAACAUCGUUGUGCAACAGGCUCCCAAAACCCGCCGCCGCACCUACCGAGCGCACGGUCGAAUCAACCCUUACCAGGGUCACCCCUGCCACGUCGAAAUCAUCCUCUCCGCUCCCGAUGUUGAGGUCAAGAAGGCCACCGACAAGGUCGCCACCACAUCACUAAGCAGCCUGAACCGCCGACAGGUUGCUCGAAGGAGAAUCGAGGCUGCUCGUGCUUAAGCAAAGUACUACUUGACAUUAUACAUCACACUUCAUGCCAUUAUCUCAUGCCCUCUAUGUCAUAUGUCUUCGCUACGCA